AUGGGCAACUCCGUGAUGCGAAUGUUGACGGGACGGCAGAAGGUUCGCGUCCUCAUGUUGGGCCUCGACAACGCCGGCAAAACAACGAUCGUGCACCACCUCAAGGGAGAGCAGGAGUACGAGAGCAUUCCCACCGUGGGCUUCAAUGUCGAGACCAUCAAACUCAAGAACAUCGCCCUCAACGUGUGGGACGUGGGCGGCCAAGACAAGAUCCGACCUCUCUGGCGACACUACUUCGUGGGCACUGACGCGCUGAUCUUCGUGGUGGACUCGAGCGACGUGGGACGUAUGGAGGACGCCAAGAACGAGUUCCUGCGAAUAGUGGACGACGCCGAGAUCAAGGACGCGUCGGUGCUGGUGUUCGCCAACAAGUGCGAUCUGCCCAAGGCGGCCUCGGCCGCCGAGGUGGCCGAGCUGUUGGACCUCGGCCGGCUGGCGCAGGAGGGCCGAGCGGUUCACGUCCAGUCGGCCUGCGCCCGCUCGGGCGAGGGCCUCACCCAGGGCAUCGACUGGCUCACCGAGCAGCUCCUCGCCAGGAGCAAGAAGACCAAGAAGAAGUAA